AUGAGCAGCGCGACUCCAGCAGCAGGCUACACCCCUCUGGACAGAUCUUUGCCAUCUCGGGACGUCACCGCGGACACCAUCACAGACGCCUUUGUAGACUUCAUCCUGUAUUGUAAUCCACACUUCCCACUUGAUGUGGAUACUUCGACAUUGAGGACCAACUUUGAGUCUCCGCCGAAGAGUGAUGGCAAAGACUUUGAGACAUUUCGCCUGUUUGAGCUGAUCAAGAAGUUCGAUGCGAAAGAGCUCAAGACAUGGGGUCAACUGGCCCUCGACCUCGGUGUGGAAGCACCCGACGUGUCAAAGGGCCAGUCUGUGCAGAAAGUGCAGCAGUAUAGCGUUCGUCUCAAACGGUGGAUGCGAGCGAUGCAUAUUGAUGCUUUUUUCGAGUUUCUGCUCGGCAAGCAGCACUCUUAUGCGACUGAGAUUCCGCCUCCGAACGAUCCAUAUCCGACCACUGGCAGAGAUGGUGUCAUGGCCGAAGAGGACCUUGCCAUUCGAGCUUUGGACCCUGCAUUCCGUCCUAAAAGAGGACGACGGCGCAAUUCCGAGACUGAACAGGAUGAUGCGACGUCUGAUCAAGGCGACAAUCAGACAAGACAACCGGGGAAUGCUGCGCAGUUCUCACAACAGCAGAUGAGCACUCCUUUGACAGGAGCUCCGUUCAGUGCUCAUCCUGAUGCGUACAACGAUCCGUGGGCUGUAGCGUCGGCAGUGACGCCUCAAAGCUUUGCUCCAUGGUCAGGAAGACCGUCAGCAGGAAUGACACCUUCGAAUUUGAGAUGGCAACUGGGUCCGAAUUCUCCGCAUCCCAUGACCUCAAUCCCGACUUCAAUGUCGGCUCAUAUCGAUGCAGCGCUUGACGGCGAACCGAAGUCAGCAGUCACUCCAUCAUCGUCUCGAAAGAGACGACGACACGGUCCGGCUGUGUCAAGUGCCUGGCCAUCCGCUCACCCACCAGGUGCGAAGCCAAGAGGCCGACCACCGGCGAAUCGAAACACUCAGGAUGGGCCCUUUGGUACAUUUCCUGCCGAUCCUGGUAACAACGAUAAGGAUAAAGGCCAGGGUUCGACGUCUACUGAACCCCAGACUAUCAUCGAACAGCCGUCUCCGCAGCUACCGCAAAUGUUCCAAAGUCCCAGCGAGGGACGACCGGGGAGACUGUCACUUCAGGUCCCUGCCCGAACUGGCGGGCCCGUACGCCUUGCAACGCCGCCGAUGGUACUCGUCAACGGCGAGCAGAACGAGAACAAGUCCACUCAAGGCGCAACCCCGGCCGAGCAGAACCUUGCAGCAGCUUCGCAACCACGUCAAUCGCCUAGCAUUCAGCCCGCAACCUCCAACAACUCCUCCACCACCGAUUCAACAUUCACCUUCGAGACCCUAAAACGCGUGCUAACAAGUGACCUUCUUCGCUCCGACAUCCACAACCGCCGGAACCGCCUCACCGGCGACGAAGCCAAACGCCUUGCGACUUCCAUCCUCACCCGUCUCUCCGUACCCAACAUCACCUCUCCCACCACCACCGGCGACAUCGCGCGCAUCACCGCCGCGUCCUGGCUCGGCGUCGGAGAUCAAUACAAUGUUCCUCUCGGUCCCGCGGCCGGUCACGGGAAGAAAAUCAAUGUCACGAGGUUUUGUGUUGGGAGUGAUGGAUACGAGGAGAUCGUGUGA